AUGGAUAAAGUUCUAGAGCAUUUUGAGGAGUAUUGUGAGCGUCGCAAGAAUACAAUUUAUGAUAGGUAUUUAUUCUUUUCGCGUGGACAGGAAAGUGGGGAGCCCAUUGAUAAAUAUGCCACAGUUCUACGAAACAUGGCAGACUCUUUUGAAUUUCAAGAUUUGAAAGAUUCAUUGAUACGUGACUGCAUCGUGUUUGGAAUCGCUGAUAACAACGUGAGAGAGCGUUUGCUGCGAGUCCCAGAUUUGACGCUGAAUAAAGCUCUAGAAAUUGCACGAGCUGCCGAAGCAACCCAAAGCUAGUUGAAACGAAUGCAAAACUUGCACGAGG